AUGACCCAUCAUCUUCGCAGUCGUCACGAUGCUAUCUGUGUUGGAGUCGGAACAGCUAUAGCCGAUGACCCGGGACUAAACUGUCGUCUCGCGGCUGAUUCUCCGCCAUUGGAGACUUCGCCGACCGGUGAUACAGCCGGCGUCGGCGCUCUCUUAGGACUUGCUUCCAUCUCAACCAAGCAAUCUGUGAUCGAUGAAACUAACAGCGCUAUGACUGCGCGUCAGCCUCGGCCCAUAGUUAUCGACCCAAGAUUACGCUGGGAUUUCAAGUCCGAGAGCAAAGUAAUGAAGCUAGCUCGGGCAGGCAAAGGCUUGGCUCCAUACAUCAUAACAGCUAUACCUAACCCCCCAGAAGAUAAGAAGAAAUUAUUGCAGGACCAUGGCGGGAAGUUCAUCAUCCUAACCCAACCUCGAAAUACAGUAUCUGACGUGGGACCGGACAAUCGUCGUUUCGAUUGGCGUGCCAUCUUAGCAGCUGUACGAAAAGAGGGGCUACAAAGCAUCAUGAUCGAAGGUGGCGGCGAGGUGAUCAACUCACUCCUUUCUCAGGAAAAUUCACAGCUAAUUGACUCGGUUAUAAUAACUAUCGCGCCUACUUGGCUCGGUCAGGGGAGUGUUUUUGUUUCUCCACCUCGAAGCGUCAAUCCUAACGGCGGCCCGAGCCCUGUAGCUCGGCUUUCAAACAUAACAUACAUGCCCCUUGGAGAAGAUCUAGUCCUAUGUGGAAACUUUGCAUCCCAAGAUUAA